CGCCUCAUCUCUUCUUACUGUAAUCCAAAGGUUCUAUUUCUUAAAAGAAUGGUAGCAUCUAGGAUGAGGGAAAUCAAUGGAAGCCUGGCUGACCUAAGCAGUCGGGUGAAUUUUAAAUUGCGUUUGGAAAAGACUGUUGGGCUCGGAAAGGAGUCAAGCAGCAGUAGCAGCCAAAAAGGAAGACGUCAGACAACUUCCUUUUUAGAUGAAUCCUGUUUUUAUGGUCGAGAGACUGAUAAGAGCAGUAUAAUUGAAAAAUUGUUGAGGUCCAAUGGUCCUGAUGAAGAAACUCUUGGAGUCCUUGCCAUAGUCGGUAUAGGUGGGCUAGGUAAAACUACGCUUGCUCAGUCGGUGUAUAAUGAUGAAAAUGUGAAGAUACAUUUCAAUCUCAGAGCGUGGGUUUCUAUAUCUGAUGAAAAGGUUGACAAUGCAAAGAUAACAAAAGCUAUUAUUGAAUCUGCCACUAGGAAUGAUUGUAAACUCACCGAUUUAGAGCCACUCCAAGGAAAACUUGAGGAGAUGUUACGUGAGAAGAAAUUUUUAAUUGUUCUAGAUGAUGUCUGGAAUAUGACACUCGGGGAUUGGAAUGAACUAAAGAAGCCGUUAAUGUUUGGGGAGAAAGGAAGUACAGUUAUAGUGACUACCCGAAGUGAAAGUGUUUCAUCUAUCAUGGCCACUCUUCUUAUUCACCACCUACAUGGCUUAGGAGAUGAGUUUUGUUGGACAAUUUUAAGGAAAUGGGCAAGCAUAGAUGAUAAUAUUUUGAGUUCUAAUCCAAAACUGGAAGAAAUUGGAAGAAAAAUUGCAAGGAAAUGUAAAGGUGUGCCACUUGCGGUGAAGACACUUGGAGGCCUCUUGCACUCCAAAGUUAAAGUGGAGGAGUACUGGGAAUACGUGUUGAAAAGUAAAAUGUGGGAAUUGGAAGAUGAUGAUGACGAGAAGGGUAUAAUGCCAGCGCUGAGACUGAGUUACCAACAUCUCCCAGCACAUCUGAAGCGGUGCUUUGCUUAUUGUUCCAUCCUACCCAAGGAUCACGAAUUUAAGAAGGAUGAAUUAAUUCCAUUAUGGAUGGGGGAAGGACUCAUAUGUCCCGACGGAAGGAAACAGACAGAAGACAUAGGCAGUGAGUACUUUGAUGAGCUAUUUUUCAGGUCAUUUUUACAAUAUAGAUUCAGUAGAUUCGUGAUGCAUGAUUUGAUUCAUGAUUUAGCACAAUCCAUUUCAACGGAUAUAUGUUUUGGAUUAGAAGAAGAACCACAUAAUGAGCUUUCAUCACGGAAUAAUAGAAGAAAUAUUAAUACUCCUAAGAAGAUUCGUCAUUUGUCAUUAUUUCCUACAAAGUUAAUAGAUAAUUAUAAGCUAGAAAAUUCGGUUACAUUGGACCAAUUUGUGAAGAGUAGUAGUGGUUCCCUACGCACAUUUCUAAUGCAUGGACCUUACCCAUGGUGCAGCAUGGAGAUCCCAUGGCUUGGAACACAUCUUGAUAGCUUAUUUGCUGCAUGGAAAUGCUUACGUGUGUUGAGUUUGCGAGGAAUUAAGAUCCAUGAAUUGCCAGAUUCGAUUCGUAACUUAAAACUACUAAGAUACUUGGACCUCUCCAGCACUGAUAUUGAAAGGUUACCAAAAGCAGUUUGUAAGCUCUAUCAUUUACAAAUAUUGAUACUUGAGCAUUUGGGAAUACUGGAGCUACCCAAAGACAUGGGUAGAAAGCUGGUUAACAUUCAGCUUGUCAAGAUCCGGACCUUCAAUUACAAAGUAGGACAUGGAAAUGGAAUUGAAGAAUUGAAGUUGUGGGGGUGCAUUAGGGAAUGCAGAAGUAUUUCCAUAUCAGGAUUGGAGAAUAUUGUGGUUAAUAUUGCAGAUGCCAAUGAGGAUGUUACUUUGAAGAAAAACAAAUAUCUGCAGAGAUUAACAUUAGAAUGGAAUAACGUGGGAAAAAGAGAUUUGGCCGAGAGACUAAUGGAAUGUCUUCAACCAAAUAUCGAUGCCUUAGGUGAACUCAUCAUUGUGGGGUAUUACGGUAAUAGAUUUCCUAGUUGGAUAGCAGCUAUGUCCAAUCUCGUAGAAGUGUAUCUGGGCGACUGUAAAUGCGAGGUCCUCCCGCCUCUAGGAAAGCUACCAUCACUCAAGCAUCUGGAAAUAAGAAGAAUGGACAAUUGGAAUGGAGAAUGGUCCUUAGGAGGAGGAAGAGCAAACUGUGACGAGCACAAUGGUCUCCAUUUCAAUCAAUUUCCUUGUCUAAGGUGGCUUCUGAUAAACCGCUGUCCCAAGCUAAGAACGUUGCCGGUGCCCAACCCCAUUCCUUCCUUGGAAAGUUUGAACUUAGAUGAUUGUAAGCAACUGGAAUCCUUCCCUGAAUGGACACACUGUUUCACAUCUCUGGAAGUGUUGAACAUCUAUAGAUGUUCUCGCCUAAAGGCCUUUCCCAACAAAGGGCUUCCGACAAACAAGCUAAAGGAGCUUAAGCUCAGUGGAUGCGGUGAGAAGAAGCGGAAAAUCCUGCCCAAAGGUGUUGGCCUGCACAUGCUUACAUCUCUUGAAAAGUUGACUAUCAAGAAAUGUUCAGGACUCAAAUACUUUCCACUAGAGAGGGAGUGGCAGCUGCCUACAAGUCUUCAAGAUCUAACACUCCACAAUUUCAAGAAACUUGAAGCCCUACCAUCCAAUUGGUUUACUGGUCUCACUUCUCUUAAAUCAUUGGAGAUUCAAAAUGCUCCUAGGCUCGCAUCCUUGCCAGAAGGGAGACUCCCUUCCCGAGUUCAGUAUUUACGGAUCAGUGGUUGUCCUCUUCUACGGAAAUCCUGCAAAAAAUAUGAAGAACGGAACAAGAUAGCCCACAUCCCUUAUAUAAAGAUCACUUAACUCUUCACAGAUGACAACUUCUCAACUUGGCAGUAGUGAAUACAAACUAAGGUCUGGUUGUUGCAUAUGCAGCAAAGAGAAAUAGUAAACGUUUUCCAUUCAAGCGUCGGUGGACCUUCUUCUUCAAUGUGCCCUAAAUCAGUGAGAAUAAGUACAAUAUCUUGGCAGAUUUUACCUUAAUGGGUGAAGAAUAUAAGCUUUUUCAGCACAUAAUAAUCACGUUUUCCGUAAAUAAAACAAUGUGUAUCUUUGUAUGGUGGCAGUUAGAUGAGCAUUUUCUUAUAUCUCUAUACAUUCCAAGCCCUACGUUACUCUAUCAUCGUCUCCCACAUAACUCCAGCAAAGGGUUGAGGAAUUGAAGCUGGGAAGACUGCAAUUAAUUUGAACUUUGGACCUUCAACGCCUUUUCAUUUACAUUGAUGAGUUGUUUUCGAUUUUGUAUCUGGCUUGUUUCGUUUUCGUCCUCACAAAGUUUUUAUCAAAUGGAUCUUGACUAGUUUACAGUGUUGUGUUGUAUGGGUAUAUAUUAAUUAAACAUAGAAUGAGGUCGGUUGAUUUCUCCAAUGAUGACCACUUGAAGUAAUAAAAAUAUAUCUCAUGCAUCCUUGCCACAAAAUGUUACCGUUUUCAGCACAGUGUAAGUGUGUAACAAGUGGA